UGGGUGUGCACGCCCACCAAUCUGAGUCCAAUCAGCGUUAAUUAGACUCUGCUGUGAAAGCUGCUAAGGUCACCUGCUGAAGUCUCCUGAGGGGAGUCCAUCAGCAAGUUCUACCUAAGCUCCACACGUUAGGCUAAUCCACGUUGGCUACGUCAUGGCCAGCAUUGAAGACUUCACCAGAAGGUUUGAUGUCCACGGCAAGAUGUACGGUCAUGAGUUCCGGGAGAAAACCUUUGCCGACUGGCCCUUUCGAGAGGACUGUAACUGCACACCUGAGAAGAUGGCCAAGGCCGGCUUUGUGCACUGCCCAAGUGUCAAUGAGCCUGACGUGGUUUGUUGCUUCUUCUGUCUGAUCGAGCUGGAGGGCUGGGAGCCUGAUGAUGACCCCUGGUGUGUUGCACCUCAUCCAUUCGGUUUUUGGUACGAGCACAUAAAACGCUCGCCUACUUGUGGAUUCCUCACCAUGAAGAAAGACCUCCUCUACUUGACCGUGCCGGAGUUUUACCUCAUCGAGAAGGAAAGGUUAAAGAUUUACGUUAGAAAGGUUUGUCAUAAGAGGAUGGCGUAUCUUCGAGAUGAGAUAGAUAAGGUCCGUCGGUCCUUGACGUGCCAAUUGUUGAUUUAAGAUUCAU